AUGUGCAGCGGCUGCAAGGCAUUUGUUUUGAGCUGUUGUCUGGCCGGUUGCGCUGCGUUGAGUUCGGAAAGGUGGGCUGCAAGAUUCUGCGAGGACCCCGAAUUGCAAGAGGCGACUCAUUGCUCGCCAAGUGGGUGCGACAGCAUUUCCUUCGGCAGCAGAUUCUGCGUGGCUUGGAUGGGCGCUCCGGGCAAAAGGCUUCAGGCUUCCGUUGGCACGCCCAGCUGGGAAAAUUGCAUCGCCACGGGCAUCUAUGACCGUAUGGAUGAGUUUCAGCAGCAUCCGCCGCCUUUGCUGCAGUGCCCGCAUUUCCUGCCGAUCGCCUUUCUUGCCGUGCCCAAAUCCGGUUCAACAUCGCUUCUCCUCUGGCUGGCCCGGAACGAUCAUCGCAUGGGUUGUAUCGCUGACAGCGCUCGUUUUGCUUCGGCGUGCUUGCGAAAGCACCAUAAGCAGAUGACGCAGAAAUGUUUGGCCGAUGGCUUCUACCAGGGCAACGCUUCAUGCCCCAGCCUGAAAUCGCUUGGCUGUUCUCGUUCGCAAAGCGGCAGCCUAGCAGAGCGGGCGCUCCGCUGGCACCAAAGCGUGAACUCGGGUUGGCUGGUGCUGCCACCCUUCCUGUGCCCGCAGUGCUGCAGGCAAGGCAUCGGGCGCUUGCUCGUGGUCAUGGCAAGAAAUCCAUACAUGAGGUUGGCCUCGUACUACAAACGGUGGAUUGGCCCCAGGUUGAACAACAACUGGUCAAGGUUUGGCGAAUGGGUCAAUUUGCUUGCCAACGUGAGCCGACAGACAGAUGCCUUUCGCCUUUGCCAUGGAAUUCCAGGAGUUGUUGCAGCUGACGAUGUUCUCCACACACGUUCUGUUCGCGAAAUGCUGGAUGACCCGCGAUUGCCAGCACGCUCGCAGCGGCCGUUUGCAAUUCUUCACUUGGAGACGCUGCAGACAGACAUCCGGCAUCUAGAAAGGCAACUUUGCCGAGAGUUUCAUCACUGCAGGCGACUGCCGUCCAUCCAGAAUGAAUCCCAUCACAACUCGCGGGCAACAGAACUGUUUACAAAGCAACCUGGCUUAUGGCACUCACUUUGGGACGGGCUCAGCGCUGCCAUGCGAGAGAUGUAUGGCUGGGACUUUAAGAUGCUCGGAUAUGCAAUGGAUCCAACAUCCAUUCUUCCGCGAAGGCAUCGUGCGCCUCUUUUGGCAUAG